AUGGCAGCCGUACUAAGGAUCACCUUCCUCUGCGCAAUUAUCAUUCUCCUCACUGGCGAUGCGCUGGGCGCAUCUAUAACUGGAGAUGCCUCCACCGGAAGUGGAAGUAGUCUUGCCCAGGAGGAUCUACCGCGGAGAAUCGGCGAGUGCCGGGAGCGCUGCUACCGCCAGUCCCUGUCGGUCAUCACUCCCCCGCUCCUCUGCCGCUCACGUCCGGAGUGCUACAUGUGCCACGACUACUGCCGCGUCCUCGUCGUCGUCCAGCGGAGCCUGGCCACCUCCAUGUGCGCGGAUCGGGAGUUCUGCACCCGGGGAUGUCGGGUGGCCUGCUCGUACCACCGCCUCAGGAUAUUCCUCGCACUCCACCAGGACACCAGUGCCAAUGCGGUGCUGAAGAAAUGA